AUGCUGCCGGCUCCCGCAGCCAAGCGGCCGCCGCCCCUGCUGUGGCCCGCCGAGCCCCCCUGGGCGUGGGCAGUGCCGGGGCUCCUGAGGGUCGGCGCGGCCCCGCCGCCGCUGCUGCUCUCGGCUCCGGCCGUGGGCUGGCCCGUUCCCUGCGAGCCGCUGCUGCCGCUGCUCGCCGAGCAUCCCCCGCCGCUCCACGGGCAGUGGAUAUUUGGAGCUCAUUCUCCAGUCGUUGGAUUUUCACCAUCAUCUGGUGUGGAAUUUGUGCCCGUUUUUCCUCCCGUGUACACAUCUGCUGUUCCACCUCACGCUGGGAAGAGCUGGAUAGAUAAAAGGCUGCCGAGCUGCAAAAUAUACCUAAAUAAUGCAUUUGCUCUGGAUUCUGCGUGGAUACAUCCUGAGGAACCGCACCUCUUCCAGGGCAAUGAGAAGCCUCUGCUAAUGACAAAUCAAGUGGCGAUGGCCAUUGCCAGGCCAGCUCCUGCCUCCAGGCCUCUUCCCACAGUGGUGCUGGCACCUCCGCUGAUGCCAGGUGGCUGCCGGCGUGGUCCCAGCCCUGUGGGCAGUCCUCCAAGCCUGGCGCUGCUGGCAGUAGAGGCUGAAGCCCCGCCAGGACCACCCCCAUCCAGCAUCCCACAGUGCCGCCUGCUCACCCUCUCACCCCUCAGGAUCCCAGUGCUGGGCUCCCCAUUCCCAGGUUCAGCCUCGAGAGUGGAUGCUCGCCUGAGUCCUUUGAUGCCAGCACAAGUCACCAGGGUGACUGCUGUGGCCGCACCAGCUGUGACAAUCAUGGCAACCAACUUGGUGGAGCAGACACUAACAGAUAAAGGCAGAGAACGCAGCAGAGCCUCCUGCCCCCCUGCCCUGAUCCUUCGCACUGACAGGAGGAGCGCCUCUGUGGAGAGGGAUGGCGACAAGGAUCAUUCUUUUAAACUAGUAAAUGAGGAUGACAGUACUUCAAAUGGCAACAAGCCUGUGGCAUCCACUCCAGUGCCAGGAUCUCCAUGGUGUGUAGUCUGGACUGGAGAUGACCGGGUCUUCUUCUUCAACCCUACAAUGCAGCUGUCGGUGUGGGAGAAGCCGGUGGACCUGAGGCACCGCGGCGACAUUAACAGGAUCCUCGAGGACCCUCCGCACAAGCGCAAGCUGGAUGCUGCAGCAACAGAUAAAAGUGUGAGCUCUUGUCCAGGAGAUGAAAACGAUGAUCUUAGCAUCAAAAUUAAGAGAAAUAAAACAGAAGAUUGCCAAGUCGCUGACCAGGGGAAGGCAGGCACAGAGGAGAGGAAUGGGAAACCAGCAGCAGCAGAGGUCACACCGCCCCUUGAGGAGCGCAUCACUCAUUUCCGAGAUAUGCUUCUGGAGAGAGGGGUUUCAGCGUUUUCAACAUGGGAAAAAGAGUUACACAAAAUAGUGUUUGACCCACGGUACCUUCUACUAAAUUCAGAGGAACGUAAGCAGAUAUUUGAACAGUUUGUCAAGACCAGGAUAAGAGAAGAGUACAAAGAAAAGAAGAACAAAUUGUUGUUAGCCAAAGAAGAAUUUAAAAAGCUCCUCGAAGAAUCCAAGCUAUCACCAAGAACGACAUUCAAAGAGUUUGCAGAGAAAUAUGGCAGGGAUCAGAGGUUCCGCCUGGUUCAGAAGAAGAAGGACCAAGAGCAUUUUUUCAAUCAGUUCAUACUUAUCCUUAAAAAGAGGGACAAAGAAAACAGGAUAAGGCUACGGAAAAUGAGAUAAAACUGCUUGGAGCUGGCAGUGAGUGCAGAAGCUAAAGCUGGGACUGCAGGAAAGAUCCCAAGUGAAGGUGAAAGCAAAGGCUGACCUCGCAGCAGCUGAAGGACGGAGCGCAUAUCCCUGAGAAAAACUUUCUCUGAAUGGUGUUUGUUGAACACACGGAGCAUUUGUGAAGGUUGUUCUGCAGGAAUCUGAAGGAUAUUUGUUCCCAAGGAAUUAAUGUUUCAUAUUGAAGCUCUCUUUUGUACAACAUCCAGAGUUUGAUGCAUUUCUAAUUGCUGUGAUAUGUCAAUCCCUUAAUUGUUUUAAUUAUGCAAAUUACUUGUAAUACACACAAAUUAUGAAUCCGGUGCAGAUUUGUAAUUAAGCAGAAACAGAUGCCAUCCAUAACAAUCUCAAGAUAUUUUGAUCAUUUCGGGGAAUUAUCUAUCUCAAUCUUUUGGCAACUUUCUGCAUUAGCACAAAUUGUUCGGAGGUGCAGCGGGAUGCAGGGAUUCAUUGCCGCGUUCACAUGUCUGUGUCCAGUUCUCUGAGUAGUACUAUUAAAUAUUAAUUGUUAAUCUUAGUGAAGAGUGUGAAAACCCUGGCCAGUGUUCCAUAGGAAACUCUCCUUUCCGAAAUAGCUUUCCUGAUCCCACGGGUGGUGCUUUGGGCUGAUAGCAGCACUGCUCUGUCGGAGUUCCGUAAAGGCGUUCUUUUGUACAACCAUCGCGGUCUGAGUUACGUUCCUGUAUGUGG